AGACAAUAUUUGCACAGUUUCAACACAGUCGAGAAAAGGCACUGCCAUCAGAUAAUAUGAGGCAUGCCUUGGCUGAAAGCUUUAAAGAUGAACAGCGUUUUCAGCUUGGCUUAAUGGAUGAUGCAGCAGAAUGCUUUGAUGGAGGGGAGAGCUCUGUAUUUUCCUCUGCUUGAAGUGUCUGCAUCACAGGGUAUCAUUUAAGUCUCCUCCCCCCAUCCCUCCCCACCCCUCCACCCCCCGCCGAGAACUGUUAGGAGCGGUCAUCAUCCUGAGGGAAGAGCUACCAAGGGGCUUUGUACUGCCUGUCAGGUAUUCCCAUCUUUACUCAGAUGGAGGGCAGUUCAUUCAAGGACUUUGAGACAGUGGAUGGAGACGGUGAAUGUUUUCUUGAAGAAAAGUCCCUUCCCUGAUUCAAGAGCAAAGAAGGGGGUUGAGGUUGAAGACCUGGAAACGCUCUCUGGAAGAGUUGAAAGUCUAGUGUUUUGGCUUCCUCCUUGCUCAAAUUAAUAUUGCUGGCAGAAGAACUCUGGUUCUGAACAUAGGUAGGAGCUCUGUGGCACAUUCAUAUUGAGAACUGGCCUCUGGAACUGAAGAAAUCUGCUUCUUUCUCCUUCCCUCACCAGGCUCUUUCUGGUCCCUGUUGACUUCCCAAGAGAUCCUGUUACAAGUUUCUCUUCCAAAGAUCCAAACAAAGGCUCCCAGAAACAAAAAGUAGGACAGUAGAGUGUGCCAAGCUAGAUGAUGAUGGUGUUAAAUCUCCCCUUUCCUAUCUUGGGUGGCAGGUGUGAAUUCUUCCAGCAGCACUGGUACACCUCCAAGAGACACUGGGUUCUCUGUGUGGUAUGAUCAGGAAACUUUGUGGACUUGGCUUCCCUCCUAAAAACUUGCAAAUUAAUCUAUUCACCCAUCUCCCUUCUGCCCAGAAAAGACUGAGGCUGUAGGCCAGGCUUUGUACCCGUACCCUGUACAUGAAAAUAGUAGUGCAAGUCCAGGAGCAGAAACACUUUUUGUGCUCAGACACUAUGGUGACCGUGGAGGGGGGAAACCUUACUGGAACCACAUAGAAACGUACUCUGCUGUUCAUGGUAUUGAAGCUGUCCAGAGGGUUCUGAGCUUAGUUUUUAGAUCUGACAUGGAUUAACACCUUUCUUUCUCACAAAACUAUCUGGACUGUCAUAGCAGUGGUGGAGACAAAAAACUUCUUUACAUUCAUAGACAUCAGCUAUCAUCUGUCAUUGCAUCUCUGUUCCAUCUUUGUAUUUCUCACUGGUCCAUGAUGAUUAUGCCAUUGAGCCUUGCUUCAACUACUGAGAAAAUAUACUUGAGAGAAUUCAUUUCCACAUCGUGCCAAGCUGUGAAACAGACAUGUGCACUUCUAAAUCCUGCAUCACUCAUCAGAAGUUUGCUAUGACACUAUAUGAACAGUGUGUAUGCAGAAGUUGUGGGGCAUCAUCAGAUCCCUUGCCUUUUACAGAAUUUGUGCGCUACAUUUCUACAACAGCCCUGUGCAAUGAAGUUGACAGAAUGAUUGAAAAGCAUGAGCGUCUCAAGCCAGAAAUGUUUGCAGAAUUGCUACAGGCAGCAAAUACUACUGAUGACUUCAGGAAGUGCCCUAGUAACUGUGGUCAAAAAAUAAAAAUCCGUCGUGUUCUCAUGAACUGCCCUGAGAUUGUGACAAUCGGUUUAGUCUGGGAUUCGGAACAUUCUGACCUCACAGAAGAUGUCAUGCGGAAUCUGGCAACACAACUUUAUCUUCCUGGGCUGUUCUAUAGGGUUACAGAUGAACAGGCCAAAAAUAGUGAACUUUUUCUUGUGGGGAUGAUUUGCUACACGAGUCGACAUUACUGUGCCUUUGCCUUUCAUACCAAGAGUUGCAAGUGGGUGCUGUUCGAUGAUGCAAAUGUGAAAGAGGUUGGAACAAAAUGGAAAGAUGUGGUCUCCAAGUGCAUUCGAUGCCACUUUCAGCCCUUGCUGCUAUUUUUUGCUAACCCAGAUGGUACAGCUGUAUCGACAGAAGAUGCUCCUAAGCAUAUCAUUCACUGGUCUCAUUACAAAGCAGCUGCAGGACAUGGAGAUGACUUGGGAUUUGAGAAGUCAUCCGUUCCAAAGUCAGAUCUCACAAAAGAGGAUGGAUUUGGAGAAUGUGCUAGUCAGAAGGGCAUUAAAAAAUUUCAGACAGACAAUUCAGCAUUCAGUAGAAGCUCUAUUCAAGCAAGUGGUGGUAGGGGGCCAGUUAAGUUAGGGCACAGUGAUCAGAAGGACAAAUUAAAGGACAUCUCCAAAGAGUGUGCCCAGAAGGCAGUUGAUAUGAGAAACUUUUCAUCCUACCUAAGAAAAGCUGCAGAUAGAGGACCAAGAAGAGACUCUGGGAGACAAAGAGAUCUAAUAGGGGAAGACCGUUCUCAUUUUAAGUCCGGAUCACCUCCUGCUGGAAAUGGAUUUACACACUACACUGAUCAGCGCCUAUAUGGUAGCCAGGGAAGACGACCUUACAACCAUGAAAGAAUACCAAACCAACCCAGGCCUGCUGCCCAGGUCUUAGGAUCAAAUAAAAGAGACAUUUUUCCUGCUAGGGAGAAAAUGAUGAUGAGCAGGGCUAGAGCUGACAGUGCAACUGGCUAUGAUACAGACAGCAGCCAAGACUCUAGGGACAAAGGAAGUAUCAGCAGAAGCAGAAACAGAGGUUGGAAACCUAUGCGAGAGAUGCUAAAUGUGGACAGCAUUUUCAGUGAGACUGAGAAGAAGCAGCAUAGCCCACAGCAUAAGGCAAAUCCAAGCAGUAAACCUAAACAUGAAAAGGAGCAGAACUUUAACAAUUGGCCAAAAGAGAACCAAACCCAGAAAGGGUUAAUGACUAUAUAUGAAGAUGAAACAAAACAGGAGACAGGAAGUCGGAGUUCCUUGGAUUCAGAAGGAAAAGGAAAUACUGAUAAAAUUAAAGGAUUUACAGAGAGAAAAAUCCAUGCUGACAGUUGGCAGAUGCAAAGGACUGAGUCUGGGUAUGAAAGUAGUGAUCAUAUCAGCAAUGAAUCUGCCAAUCUGGAUUCGCCUAUUGUUGAAGGAACGAGCCCACUGGACAUCAAGGGUAUUAAAGAAACUCUUUCCUGCAGUGACCAGAAUCUGUCGAUCAAAUAUGCUGAAAGUGUGUUGCCGUCUACCUCCCAGCAGAACAGAAAUUAUUCUGAUGACUUGAGGAAAGACCAAAUGAGUAUGGAAGUUAAUUACAGACUACACACUAACUUUCCUUCAGAAUCUCAAUUGAAGAUGCACAGUCCUCCACUGAAGAGAGUUGAGAUGCCACACAUGAAAAUAUUCCCUUCAUCGACUCUACAGCCAAAUUUUAAGGACCACGUUAAGAGAGAAACAAAGAUCGGCAAGUUAAAUGAACAGAGCUCUUCAGAGUGGCUUAAUCCAGAUAAACUUGAGACAAUCAGUAUGCCAGUGUACAGUGCUGAUAGCUCAGUCCACCCUUGUAACACUGAACUCUUAGUUGUGUGUGGAAAGAGAAUGAACAAUGAUGAAUUUCUCUCACCAUCUCAGCUGCAGUCUCCUCAUACAAGAACUCUUGGAUCAAAGUCAGAGCUCGCAUCAUUAGUACAACAAAAUCUGUUAGAACAGUCCCACACAGAGCUGUCCUCAUCUGGUGAAUGUGCUGUUCAGUCAUUUGGUAGGACUAAUAAUCUUCAGAGUCCAGAAGUAAUUUACCAAAAUCUUCCACCUCCUUUACCUCCAAAGAAAUAUACUCUGAAUGUUUCGCUGGGAUCAAAAAAUGAAUCCACAGCUGAUUUAAAAUUGCCAGAAGUGUUGCAGAGUAACCCUUCAAAUUUUGGAAGGCAAACAGCUAUUGCUUCAAAAACUGCAUCAGAAGGUGCAUUUACAAAUGAAGAAAGAUUUAAAGAAACAUUUCAAGGGAAUGAGCACACCAUUCACAAACUGGAUUCCGCACCUAGCUCAUCAGUUAAUGACUGUCAGACUGUAUCUGGCAGUAUUUUUAAUAAAGGAUCUCAACACACAGAACCAAGCGCUAGCUCUCCUGAUGCAAAUGAUAGUGUAUGUCUAACAACCUAUUUUUCAGUAGAUAGCUGCAUGACAGAUACAUACAGGAUGAAAUACCAUCAGAGACCCAAGCUGUAUUUUGCCAACAGUGGUGGCUUCCACAAAGAUAAGCAUCUACCACCAACUGGACUAGAUCUGGGCAUUGUAUACCAUGGUACUCUUGAUUCUAGUCAUCCCACAUCUGAACAGAGAUACAAACCUAGCAUAGAAGGCAGACAUUGCAACAGGUAAAUUUUCAAAUCCAUGUCCUCCUUAUGCAUUUCGCAUGGACUUCUCAAUGUUUGGGGACAAGUAUCCAGAGCUCAAAAGCUUGUCUCUUACCAACAGAAGUUGGUCCAAUAAAAGAUAUUACCUCACCCACUUUGUCUCUCUAAUAUCCUAGGACGGACACAGCUACAACACUGUAUACUUAGUUAUCCUGUCAGCCAUGCUUUUAAGAGAUAUGACUGUUUAAAUGAUUCUGCAAAUCUGGUUGAGCAGGGGAAAAGGUGCUAAAGUUUUGGCCCUAUGUUCAUGGAUUUGUCUUUUUUUUUUCUUGCCAUAACAAUGUUUACCUCCAUGUAAUGAUGCUGAAUAAGUUUGUAAGUCUGUUACUAAUGGUCCCCUUAAAAGUGUGUGCUUUUAAUUAAUACCUAGGUAGAUCAGUCACAUACGAGAUUAACUUAAUAAAAAAUUGUUCAUUUUACUGGAGAACUUAAUACACUUGUGGCUUAGUGCCACAGACUGAGAAAAUGUGUAAAUUAACCUGUAAUCCUUUAAACUAGCUAGUGAUAUGCUGAUAAGUACAGUACCAUACAUACCGUACAUAUCAGAACAUCUGCUUUAUGGAACCAGUUUUCCCAGUGAGUAACAAUGUUCCUGUUUCUUCAUCUGACUUCUGUGAAAGUCUACCUUAAUUUCCUUUAUCCUUUAAGUGUCUUUUUUAAUGCAAGUUUACCCAGAGAAUUGGAUUUUUUAGUACUCAAAAUGCUGCCUUAAUGAAUGAUUUUACAAAUUGGUCUAGUCUACAUGGACUGGAGACAGUUACAAGGGAAUUAAAAUUUAAUUAUCCUGAAAUUCCAGUUCCAUAUUUGUACUUUUUUAUCCAACUGUUUGCUCCUUUAACUUUAAAUUCUAGUCAGUGUUCCACAAGCAAAGCUGUGAUACUUUAACUUAUUACUGAAAUUUAAUUUAGUUAUGUAAGCUACAAAUUAAUAUAGUAGUCUGCAAUGUGCUGUAGAAAUGAAUAUAUUUUAGGAUAUGAAGUUUCACAUGUACCUACAACAGAUUAAUUUAAGAAGCAGUACAUUUACAUUAAAGACCUUAGUCUUCAGGUCAGAUUGAUUUUGCAGCUCUAUGCAAACUCAUCCCUACUGUGUAUCUACCCAUCUGUCUUUUCCCCUUCCCUCUUGAAAAUACAUCACUGUGGUUCACAUAAACCUGAGCAAAUUUAUGGGAUCUGUCAGUCAGACUUACUGUUACAGAACUUUUUAUCCCCAGCUAGCAGUCUCCCACUCCAAAACACUUCUAGACUCUAUUUUCAAUGAAUGGCUAAAUAAAUCUGCACCCUUUAGGGAGGUUCAGAAUUCAGCUUCACUGUAAUCCAUUCAUGCUUUGUACCAUUUGUUGGCCACUGAAAUAACUAAUGUAACUUGUAAUGAAUACUAUCAAAUCAGGACUGUGUAAAAUGAGUAGUUGAAGUUCAUGCCUUUCUUAAAUGUAAAGGAAGGUGCUUAGAUUUUUAAAAUUGGGUGGUACUGAUUACAGUUAAGUGUAAAAUGCCUUUUAGUUCUGAGCUUCAUGCUACAUGUGUGUUAUACUUGCCCUGUGGUCAGACAGGUUUAAAUGUUUUUGUACAUUAUGUGAAUUAGUGCUUCAGCCAAAUGGUGACAAUCAUGUGUAUUUUAAGUUAUCCAAAAUAUGAAACAGAAGCUGUGCUUACUUUGCCAAUCUCCUACCAUGAAUUCAAUCUAAGUUUUGUCAUUUUUAAUAUGCUACCAUGAUAUGCUGCAGACCAAAUAUCUCAAACCAGCCUCUUUACACUUUUCAGUCACCCAGUAGCAUUUGAAAGAAUGAAUCUGGAAUUGAUAUUGUUACAUCUAAAGCAAAUACAUUCAACAUGUAUGGAUAUGAAUGCAAGUGAAAUUGAACCUACUGAAAUCCUUACAUUUUGAAUAAAACUUGGUGGGGAGAAAGAACUUGAUUUAAAAAUACUUGACGUGUUUUUGGAACAUUCCCACUUUUGUUUUGUUAAAAAUAGCUUUGACAAAUUUUUAACCCAUAUCAGAUAGGCAUUACUUAAUGUACACAGCUACUUAAUUAAAAUGUCAUCUUUUAAAAACUUAUAAUACUAGAACUUGUCAAGCUUUUCCAGAAAUCUUUUAUUUGAAAUUGCAGUAAUUUAAUGUAUGAACAGCACAACACUGAAUACUAUAUAAGAGCAAAGUUAAUGUUCUUAAAUGUGCAUAGCAAACAUUCAUACUUCUAUACAAAGGAACAAAGUGAAUGCCUAUUAUUUAACAAGUGAAUUUGGUUUCUGGAAAGGUAGUGAGCAUAAUGGGGGAGUUUAUUCAAGAAUAGCUUCUUAGGUUCUUCUGGAGUUCUGAAAUACAACAAUCUUCAUUGAAGUCACUUAAAUGAACUUUGUCUUUCCCGGCAAAAUCUUUUGUAUAACCUGUUUACCAGAUAAGUUUUAUGUGCACUAUUAUAUUGACACCUUCAGUUUUUAUAUUUACUCUAUAGGUCCUGUUUAUUUUUUAACUAAUGUGUGAUCUGAUAUUGAUUUAGCUACAGUGCCUAUUUAUUUUUUUAUAAAUGUCCUGGUUAUAGAUUUGUAUAAGAACAGACAUUUUGUAAUGUGUUAAUGCAUUUAACAGGUAUUGUAACUAAUAUUUUUCAGUCUUUAGAAUUUUAUUUUCAUGCCAAGUUGCAUUUUCCUGCUUGUUCAGACUACUAGAUAAAAAUCUAACUACUAUUGUAGCUGCUAUCUCUAGUCUCUGUAUUGUUUUAAACAGGUGAUUUAAAAGUGGUGGAACACUUAUCAACUAGGUACUUGAGAGUAGUUCUCAGCUAUCUAAUUUGAACAGUGAUGAUGUAUCUUCACUAAACCAUAUUAGCUACAAACAGUGUUUAAAAAAAGCUUGCUUAACAUUGCAGAGCAUAAAUAUUGAAGUUGCCCAGAUCUCAUGUUUGAACUGUUUUGCUGUAAGUG